AUCUAAAAUAAUGCAAAUCAAUUUGUAGAUAGUCGGAUUCGAAUAUGUACUUCAGUAAUUCAGAAUCGAUCAUAAUUUUUACUUGUUUCUUCAUAAGAUGUUGACCAAAUGAUGUUUCAUACGUACGAACAGAACAUUCAAUUCAUACUUUUAAAAACUGUACAAUCUGUUAAAAUCUGUUGCAUUUUCUAAAAUGGCAGAUUACAGUGCAAAAUGUGCCGAUGAUUGUUCAUUUGAUUAUAAUGAAGAUAAACAGAAAGGAGUAUGUGCUAUCAAGCCCGAGUUCAUUGUGGAUGAUCACAUCAGACUUUUAACGGAAGAAUGCUUAACAAAGGCUGAUAAACAGAAAGUAGUAUUGCAAAGCAAUAAUGUUAAAACCGAAGAACCAGAGGAACCUCUUUCAAAAAAGUUCAAAUCUGAUGACAAAAAAGGGAAACUGAAAGGACAAAACAAAGCUCGACCUCCACCAUUUAAAGCUCCUCGAGAGCUAAAUUUAUGUCCAUGGAUGGUGGACCAGACAACUGAUGAGCCUGAGAAAAAAUGCCAAAAUGGGCGAUGCACAUUCAUGCAUGAUCGUGCCGAAUACUUAAAAAUCAAGCCAGGUGAUAUAGGUAAGGAAUGUCAUAUUUUUAAUUUGACUGGCAGAUGUCCGAGAGGUCUAGCUUGCCGAAUGGGAUCGAAGCAUUUGACUCCAGAGGGUUUCAAUAUUGUUGACAAAGAAAAAUUUGAAGCCUACAAGAAUAAAUCACCUUCGACAAAAAAUCAAAUACCAAAGGACCUUCAAAAUCGCCUUAGAAAGUAUAAGUACAAUUUUUCAAAGGCUGAAAAACUGGUAAAAGCCAAUGAUGUGUCUAAAAAGAAAGGUUCGGAACAAUCAGAAACAAAAAAGUCAAACGACAAUAAUGAUCCUAGUCAAAUACCGAUACGUACUGAUAUUAGGAAUGGAUCUAAUACAGAGACGGUAAACAAUGACUUAGUACAGAAUAUUUAUCCAGUCAUAGAAAAAUCAAUAAAUGAACCUAAAGUCGGAGCGGUAUCCGACGAAGAUCUUAUAAAACUCCGUCCCACUGAAAAAAAGAAAAUUCAAUGGCGUGAUAAAGUAUUAUUGAGUCCAUUAACAACUGUUGGAAAUUUGCCAUUUAGACGAAUAUGUAAAGAGUAUGGAGCAGAUAUUACAUGUGGUGAAAUGGCACUUGCUCCGAAAAUUUUAAAAGGCGCUCACGAAGAAUGGGCAUUGGUAAAGCGGCAUGAAUGUGAAGAUAUCUUCGGUGUACAAUUAUGUGGUAACAAUCCAGGAGUAUUGACGAGAUGUGCCCAGCUGCUAGACCAAGAGGCUGAGAUCGACUUUGUUGAUUUAAACUUAGGCUGUCCGAUAGAUUUGAUUUAUAGGCAAGGUGGUGGUAGCGGUAUGCUAAAUCGUUUAAACGUCUUAGAAACUGUUGUCAAAUCUGUCAGUCAAGUUUUAACUAUUCCUUUAACAAUUAAAACAAGAAUGGGUGUCUAUAUGGAUAAACCAAUCGCUCAUAACUUGACACCUAAAUUUCGAAAUUGGGGCGCAUCCAUGAUCACUGUACAUGGCCGAUCACGGGAACAAAGGUAUACGAAGUUGGCUAAUUGGGAAUAUAUUGAAAAAUGUGCUCGUGCAGCAGAACCCAUUCCUAUAUAUGGAAAUGGCGAUGUGCUAUCAUUUGAAGACUAUGACAGGCUGCGAAAGAGUUAUCCUACUAUACAAGGCGUAACGAUAGGACGAGGUGCUCUUAUAAAACCGUGGAUAUUUACGGAGAUUAAGGAAAGGAAAUUGAUGGAUGUUCCAAGCUCAGAAAGAUUUGAAAUUUUGCGGAAAUAUGCGAAUUAUGGACUAGAGCAUUGGGGAUCUGAUACUAGAGGAGUAGAAACAACUAGGAGAUUCAUGCUGGAAUGGAUUUCAUUCCUUCAUAGGUAUAUUCCUGUGGGUAUUUUAGAACGGCCUCCACAAAAAAUUAAUGAAAGACCACCAUAUUAUAGAGGGCGUGACGAUAUGGAAACGAUGAUGGCCAGCUCGAAUUGUGCUGAUUGGAUUAAAAUAUCUGAAAUGUUACUUGGUAAAGUUCCCGAUGGCUUUCACUUCUUGCCAAAACACAAGGCAAACUCAUGGAAAUAAUAAUGAACUGUAAUCCAAGUUCUGUACAAUAAAACAUUCGAAAAAUAA